AAUAACAAAAUGGCUAAUUUUAUUUAAAAAUCUCACUUGUACUUUAAUGUUUUUAUCACAUCUGUUGACUCAAGUUUUCGUAGAAGCCCGAUAGUCAUUUCAAUCUCUUUAUCAAAUAGUCAACAAAACUAAGCUUAUAUCCCAUCAUUUAACAAAACUAAGCUUUUUUUCCAUCAUUCUAGCUUUUCAUUCGUCGUCUGUAUACUUUUAAGACCAUUAAAUGUAUACAGGCGGCCCUUAAGUUGCGUGGAACAAAAAGACAAGACGUCACCAAAAUAAAGUGCAUCUGUUAUCCUCUCAGAGCGUUUCGAAAAAAAGUCAACUUCUAUGCCAUUGGCACAAUGAUUUGUUGAUAUUAGAAAGUCCCGAACGCCAAUGAAAAAAAUCCAUAAGUUUAGACAGCUGCCUAGAUGCAGAGCAAAUCCAAGUUUUUUUUUAAACCCCAUCAUUUCAAUGAAAUAAAGGGAAAAGUUUUAUUUUAUCUGCGAAUGUUUAGUUCCUACAAGUGUAACCCAAUUUCAGGGCGCAGUGACGACACAUCCUAGAUAUCCUACUCCACACCUGAAUAAAGGGCAACAAGGCACAGUUAUACCGUCUAGAGUUCAAAACUUAUGAAUAACUAACAAGUACAGAUUGCAAGCUUUUAGCGCUCUUCAAUAAACGACAAGAGCGAUGAAUGAAAGCGUUGUGAAUACUGAAGUAUGCAGACUCUUCGUUAUACCAUCCUACACCACCAACACAACAAACGAGUUAUUCACAGUCACAGCGAUCGUCAACUGUGUCCUCAACAGUGCCAUCGCCUUGUCGGCACUCCUGACGAACAUCGCUAUUUUACUAGCAUUUGGGCGCGAGCCCAAUUUACGUAGCAACGCUAACUUCUUACUAGCCUGGCUAGCCCUGACCGAUGUUUUGGUUGGAGCUGUGGUACAGCCUUUGAACAUUGUGCUUCAUAUAGCAGUGCUGCAAGGCAAAUAUUUUUGCGAUGUGACGGCUGCAUUCGACGCAACGAAGUUCCUAACGUCGAUGAUGUCUGUGGUAACUGCGCUCCUGAUCAGUGUAGAUCGCUGCUUGACAGUCUCGCUACCCUUCAAGUACGCCAUCCUCGUCACCACCAAGAGAAUCACUAUUGUACUCAUCAGUUGCUGGGGGUUCUGGACCGUCAUCGUCGCUUCUUGGACGCUUGGCGUUGCGGGCGCCAUCUUGCAACUUAGUUGCAUCGUCCUUCUCAUAUUGACAUUUGUAAUUCUAGCAGGGAUUUAUACAAAAAUGGCACAACUGGCGCAACGUCAUCGCAACCAAAUUGCAUCCCAGAGCCGGGCAACCCAGAGCAAGAUGAUCACAGAGACAAAGCAGCACAAAGCUAUCAAAACGGCGAUGUACGUGAUAGGUGCCAUGGUGGUAUGCUACCUGCCCAUAAUGGUGGUGGUAAUAAUCGACAUGUUAGUUGUCAUGCAAGAAGAAGUAAGAUAUGUCACCGUCUCCCUCGCGGAAACAUUAGUAUUCCUCAACUCUAGCCUUAACCCUGCAAUCUACUGUCUCAGAAGUCAAGAGGUCAGACAAGCGGUUUUGAGACUAGUGAUUAAAAAGGGGAGGGGGCAGAGUUUCAGAUCCAAUUAUGCUAGUGCCACUACUGGGUACCCACUACAACCAAUCAGGUCGGGUGAUAUAUCACCAUCUCAGCAGAAAUCAGUAGAGUCCACAACAGGAAAACAACAACACCAACAACAGGAAGCUGGUUGAGAUACGAGGUACCCGCUAUACUCUUUCAAGUCAUGUGAUCUAUCACCUUUCAGGAGAAAUCAAGCAGUUCAACAGAGUUUCAUCAUUACAUAUGUCAUUUAAGAUACCGGGUAUACCCACAACAAUAUCUACAACCACCUCAAAAGUAAUCAUUCCACACGAUCAUGAACUGAACUGAAGAUCGGGAUUUGAAGGAUACCAUCCGAUUAAACGAGCUCCAAAUCCGCUGCACAGCCUUGCAACUCCGUGCCAAAAACUAGGAGUGGUCAAAGGUAUGCACUUCUACGCGAUACGAGGUUUGCGACUUGCGAGCUGACGGUAAUGGCCUUGGGACACAACAUUGCCUAGCACAGGAGUUGUCCUUAAAUUAGUUGUUGACUAAGGCAUAUACCAUAGACACCGAAAAAUGGCACAUCGUUGCAUACGAAUUCAAUAGUUAAUGUAUAAUCACCUCGCUGAAUAAGCUUUUUUUCACUAUAAUUCCUACUUUAAAAUACGCUAGUCAGCCAUAACCUUAAGAAUAGCUAUGAUUCAAUAUUACAUGACAAAUUAUGUGAAGAAAUCUCGAAAUCAUCCAACUAAUCAUCUUAAACAACAGAUUGUUCAUUUUCCAAAUCUAAUAGAUGAUGGGUUUGCCAAAAUCGAAAAAGGCGGCUAACAGAAACUAUUUAAUUCCCUCUUAUUAUCACAGUAUUGUAGGCAUAAUAACAAAUUAGAUCCUGCAGUUGUUAGUUUUUUUUUUUGUGAAUAUCAGCUCGUUCAAAGUGGCACAUUCCUUGAGAAUGCAAUGUGCUAAGUGUUAUAGAUUAUACUAUUGCACAGUAAAAGUACAGGGAAUUCAGCAAUGUUUACAUAAUGAGUCAUUUUCGAACGCUUAAACCAAACUCCCUGCUUAAACAUAACACCAAUCAAAACAAAAUGUGUUUAAUGAGAUCUAAACAUAAAUUUACAAUCUAAAUAAAUUAUAAACUUCAAUAACUAUCAAUACAAAUAUAAUCUAUGGAAAAUG